AUGCCCAGUGUCUUAGCCUGGAGUUCAGGUAGCAGCGGCUUUAUUGUUUGGAGACUGGUGGCCGAAUCAUCAAAACAGAUUUGCUCUUCACCCUACCCUGUAACCCUGGAGCACAGACACAUUCAAAGGAAUUCACAGAUUAGAGAGAGUGCAACAUUGACCAGAGAUGUUCUUGAGCAACAUUUUAAUGAUUUAAAAGGGACGCUAAAGAAGCUGCUGGAUGAGCGACUGAUGUCACUGCUGCAGGAAGUAGAUACUAUAGAACAAGAGAGCAUCAAACCAUUGGAUGAAUGCCAGAAACUAAUAGAGCAUGGAGUCAGUACAGCUGAUGACCUGCUCCGUGAAGGAGAGAGUGCAAUCCAUGGAGAUGUGGGACAAGAGAAUGAGAAACUAUGCAGCUUUACAAAAAAAGCUUUACAUAUUCAGCUAGAUAGCUUACCAGAAGUGCCCUCCUUGGUUGAUGUGCCUUGUUUAUCUGCCCAGUUGGAUGACUGCCUUUUUACUAUAUUGAAAAAUCAAAUAUUCAGACAUGGGACUGUAGCAUCUCGCCCACCUGUACAGUUAGAGGAAUUCAUUGAGAAGCCUGGAGGUAUAUUAGUCCGAUGGUGUAAGGUGGAUGAUGACUUUAUACCGCAAGAUUACAGACUGCAAUACCGUAAGAGCACCGCCAGUCACUUUGAAGACGUAUAUGUCGGCUCAGAAACAGAGUUCAUAGUACUACAUAUUGAUCCUAACGUUGAUUACCAGUUCAGAGUCUGUGCCCGAGGAGAUGGACGGCAAGAGUGGAGUCCAUGGAGCGUUCCUCAGAUCGGCCAUACCACACUAGUUCCCCAUGAAUGGACAACUGGUUUGGAGGGCUACAGUUUGAGCAGUCGAAGAAACAUAGCGCUUCGAAAUGAUUCUCAGUCAUGCGGUGUACUCUACUCCAAAGCUCCUACUUACUUCUGUGGGCAGACAUUAACAUUCAGAAUUGAAACCGUGGGUCAGCCAGACAGGCGAGACAGCCUAGGAGUGUGCGUGGAGCAGCAGAACGGCUACGAUUCUCUGCAGCGGGAUAAAGCUGUGUGCAUUAGCACAAAUGGGGCAGUAUUUGUAAAUGGGAAAGAGAUGACAAACCAACUGCCUGCUGUCACUUCUGGAUCGACUGUGACAUUUGACAUGGAGGCUGUGCAGUUAGGGCCUUCCAGCAACGAGGGAGGAAACUUCAAGCUUAGAGUAACCAUUAGCUCUAACAACAGGGAAGUGGUCUUUGACUGGGUACUUGAUCAGUGCUGUGGUUCUUUGUAUUUUGGAUGCUCGUUCUCAUACCCAGGCUGGAAGGUUUUGGUGUUCUAGCAGCUCAAGCAAAGCAAGCAAAGGGAUUCUUGUUCUUGGUUUAAAAUGUAAUAUUAAAAUCUGGGUUUCCAGCUGUUUGAUAUCAACAAUCUGUUAACAGAAAACCUGUCUUUGUAUUACUUGAACUCCACUAUGUUGUAUUUUCUACUGGAUUCAUUUCAAAAAAAAAUUGUGAAACAUUUGAUCUGUUACGCUGGAAAAAGUUAAGCAGGCAUUUGCUUAGGCAAAUUAAUUUAAACAGGCCAUAAAGACUUUUUACUUUUUUUUUUCCGGACUUGAUUUUUGUCAGUAUUUCAUUGUACUCUAGUCUCAGGGUACGCUUGUGUGGAAUUAACUUUGCUUAAUGCUGCUGUUCUGUGAAAUAAGCCUGUAACUUUUUGGGGGUUGGAGUUAAUGGACCAAAGUUUUAUUUAUACCACUCAUAAAAAGAGCAAAGUAUUUAGUGUGGUGAUGUUCUGCUAUGCUGCCUUGUACAUGACACUGCCUUAAUCUGAACAGACAGUGGGUUCUGCAUGCACCAGCAAGUUCUUCCACACACGGUACUGUUCAUUCCCCCAGAACAAGGAUGUCUGAGCCAAAGUGUCUGUUUAAAUAUGUAGCCAGUCUGUUAAGCGUCUCACUAUUAUAUAAGUAAGUAAGUGCCUUAUUUUCAGAUAUUUCUUGAACUGUUUUCUGUGUUGUCACUUGGAAUAUAUUUUCUUGAGUAGUUGCAUGGCAAUGCUUACGUCUUCUGUCAAUGCUGACACUUGUCUGAGAAACUAGACCAAUGCCUAGGGUAGGAUGGCUAUCCAUAACUGCUCUGAAAUGCCUUCCGCAGCUCUACUUUGCUUUGUAGGCUAUUUUGGAGCAGGCCUGGGUGCUUUACGAUUUAGGCAUGACAUGCAGGUGGCAGCCAUGAUUCCUCACUGAGCCCUUGUAAGACUCAGAAAUUGCUUCUUUGCUUUCUACUGUCCAUCAACAGAAACAAGUGAAACGGAGGAUUCCUGGAAAUCCCGAACAGCACAUGCAGGAUAGAUAGUGGCAAACACCUUGCAUUGAAGUGCAGUAGCGCAGGUUGACGCGACAAGCGCUGGGGACAGCUGGGUUGCAAGCAGUAGCGCGUGUCCAGAGCCAGCUGGGACUGCGGCUAGGGAUCAAGGUCAGGAGUUAAUGGAGAAGGAUGUUGGUUAUGGGCUCAAGACAGACCCUGCUGGCACAGACUUAGCCCACUCGAAACAGAGCAGGUGAUAGUGCUAAUUAGCACUGUAUCCCCCAUCUAGUAGCGUAGGCUAAGAAUGUGCUGUGAAUUAAUCAACUUUUACAAUAAAAGUUAUAUAAAGUUACCAGUAUUGCCUUAAUAGCAAAUGAGAUUUUGAAUAAUGUCCUUGUCAAAUAGAGUCCAAUUCCUGGUCAGAAGAUUAAUUUGCAAUACUACUGGAUUUAAAGAAUAUUUUACAGAAAUGCCGAGGGCUGUAAAAGAGGCUUUCUUACAUCAAGAUCAAUUGAAAAUAUAUAUGUUUUACCAUGUUAGAGUAGCAGUAUUUUUAUAAAACCUAGACAAUCAUUCUACCCUCUUCCUUCAGUGUUAAUGAUGUGCUGCAUUAGCCUUCUGUGCUAGCAUAAAAAAACAUUAAUUGGAUUAAUAGCCCCCAUACUCAAAUUAUCAGUACAAAAAGAUUAGUCAUUCUACAUGCAUUUUUCCCCUAGACAGCUGUAGAAGGGGUACGUGAAUUUCAAAACAGACUAGAAGCUAGUAUUUAUACCACUUGCAAGGAAAAAUUUAGAAUAGAUUCAGGUUAAGUUGGAAUUUACUAUAAAAUAUGAAGUGAAGACGACUGGACACCUGCAGGUAAAAUUAGGCAGUGUUAGCAAAGAACACCCUGCAGUAUUCUCAACUCCUCAAGCUUCGCUAUUUCACUGUUAGGGAAGCAGAGGAUACUAGCUUAUCCUAUACUUUUAGGGCUCCUCUGAACUACCCUCCAAAGAACGUAAUGCACUGAACCCCAAAUACGGUUCCUUUGCUACAGCUAAGCAAGCACAAAUGGUCAAGAAGCAUCAGUCCUGUUUAGAGAGGGUCCGUAGCUAGCAGCUGACUAUCGCCGCUGCUAAGCGGAGCAAGAUUUAUUUUGCUAGUAAUACUUCAGGUGUCAGGUACUAGUUGUAACUUUUUUUCCACUGUAUGGAAGCUAAAUUAGCAAAUAUCUACACUUUUGAGGCACCAGAGAGGGUCAGGUACCUUUUCCCUCUGCUUUUGGAGGGGCUAGUCAGGUCUAGUGAAGAGUCAGACUACGGCUCUGGAGGACGUUUACCAGCGUAUUAGAACGUGAAGCAUAAAUCUUCAAUUCAGGUACUUCCAGAGCUGGUCCUACCGUGUCAGUUUGUUCAGAGCAUGCAUUCAAAGCAGCUUAAGAUGACUGUGAACGGCUAGUACGGGAGGCCCCUCUAGCUCCUCCUGAGAGCUGAGGAGGGCAAUAGACUAAAUACACCUUUCUGACUUUAGUCUUUAGCUGUAUCUAGAACAGGGCCAGCUUGCCAAUUUUCUUAUUUUUUUUUAAACUGAGCAUAAGACUAGCUGCCUGAAAUACAAAUUAGGUACUGUUCAGCUGCCUCUUAGAGCUGCACCUUUUCAGUGGGGUGGGGGUGAAGAAUCUCAGGGUAAGAGACCUGAGCAAUAGGUAUCUACAGAAUCUGAGGCAGCUUGGAUUAAAAUAGUUGAAAUUCUGUUACUCCAGUACAGUUUAGAUAGAUAGAAGACUCAACACCGCCUUUAGUCUUUCACCUCUAGCUGUUGGAGCCUUGCAAGCAACAGUGUUAACUGCUUAUGAAAUCCUGAAGUUGUUUUCUGAAGCAUGCACUUACCUCAACUACGACAUUUGUGUCAAGUGAUAUUUGAAUUUUUUUUAAAAUAAAGUUUUAUCCCUCAACUGUG